GCAUUAAACCGUUCCCGCCGUGCGCUUUAGUUGUGGAUUACAGUUGCAGUUUGGUUAUAAUUCCCGCCACUUUCAUAACGAAUUUUAAUAGCAAUACUUGUUUAAUAUUAAAGAAAAUGUGAUAACAUUACAGCAUUUUCUAUCAUUUGAAUGUUUCGUUCAUUAUCAUUUAAGCUGGAAAGAUUUAUUAUAAUUUAAUGUCGAGUUGAUUCAUAGUCUACUUUAUAUAUAUAGAUAGAGUACUUACUUAGUACUUAGGUAGGCUGUGGUUGAUUUCAUACAACCGCGUGUUGUGUUACGCUGAACAAGUUUAAAACAACAUGGCAAACGUAUCUGUUGAUAAAGAGACAUUCUUUCGGCGUAUGAAGCGGCUUUAUAUGGCAUGGAAGGAUGGAGAAGUUGGUACAGAUGACAGUUUUAGUAAAAUGGAUUGUCUCGUCUCCGCUGUGGGCACGGAUGAAGAUAUUGUGUAUAGCAAAUCGACAGCGUUACAAACAUGGCUCCUGAGUUAUGAACUUACAGAUACUAUAAUGAUCUUAGCAGAAGAAUCUAUUGUUUUUUGGCUGCAAAAAAAAAUUGAAUUCUUAAGAAAACUUGAAAAUCAGAAAACGGAAGAAACUGGAGUACCUCCUGUGAAACUUCUUGUGAGAGAUAGAAAUGAUGAAGACAAAGCAAAUUUUGCCAAACUUAUUGAAAUUAUAAAACAAAGUAAGAAGGGUAAAACAUUGGGUGUUUUUUCUAAAGAAAAUUAUCCAGGUGCCUUUAUGGAUGCAUGGAGAGCUGCUUUAAAGUCAGAAUCUUUUGAUACGAUUGAUGUAAGUGCUGCAGCUGCAUAUGUAAUGUGUCCAAAAGAAGAUGCUGAAAUUCUUACUGUAAAAAAAGCAUGUUUAGUAUCUGUGGACGUUUUUACAAAAUAUCUUAAAGAUCAAAUUAUGGAAAUUAUAGAUUCUGAUAAGAAAGUUAAGCAUUCAAAGCUUGCAGAAGGUGUAGAUGCAGCUAUAACAAAUAAGAAGUAUGUGACUAGUGUUGAUGUUACCCAAGUAGAUAUGUGUUAUCCUGCAAUAAUACAAAGUGGUGGAAAUUAUUCUCUAAAGUUUAGUGUUGUUAGUGAUAAAAACACUUUGCAUUUUGGUGUUAUUGUCUGUUCUCUUGGAGCACGUUACAAAUCUUAUUGUUCAAAUAUAGUACGAACAUUAUUAGUAAAUCCUACUAAAACUAUUGAGGAUAAUUAUAAUUUUCUUUUGCAAUUAGAAGAGGAAAUUUUAAAGAAAUUAGUAGCAGGAGUGAAAAUAAGCGAGGUAUAUGAAACAGGCGUUAAAUAUGUAAAAGAUGAAAAACCAGAAAUGUUAGAUCAUUUAACAAAACAUUUUGGAUUUGCAAUGGGUAUUGAAUUCAGAGAAAGCUCUUUACUCAUUGGUCCAAAAAUUCAUGCAACAUUAAAGAAAGGCAUGGUAUUUAAUGUUAAUGUUGGAUUAGCAAACCUUAUUAAUUCAGAAGCUACUGAUAAAGAAGGAAAAAUUUAUGCUCUUUUCAUUGGUGAUACAGUUAUGAUUAAUGAGGGACAACCUGCUACAAAUUUGACACCAUCAAAGAAAAAAGUAAAAAAUAUUGGAAUAUUUGUUAAGGAUGAAGAAGAAGAAGAGGAAGAAGGAAGUGGAAAAGAAAAUGAACCUAAACCUGAGAUUCUUGGUCGUGGAAAAAGAACAGCUGUAAUAGAAUCUAAAUUAAGAACAGAACAUAGUUCUGAAGAAAAAAGAAAACAACAUCAAAAAGAACUGGCACAGCAAUUAAAUGAAGUUGCAAAAGCUCGAUUGGCACAACAGUCUGGUGGAAAAGAACAAGAAAAAAUACGAAAAUCAACAAUAUCAUAUAAAAGUUUAAGUCAUAUGCCACGAGAACCAGAAGUAAAAGAACUGAAAUUAUAUGUUGAUAAAAAAUAUGAAACUGUAAUUCUUCCUAUUUUUGGAAUUCCUGUACCUUUCCACAUAUCCACAAUUAAAAAUAUUUCACAGUCAGUAGAAGGAGAUUAUACAUAUCUCCGAAUAAAUUUUUUUCAUCCUGGUGCCACAAUGGGUCGGAAUGAAGGAGGAUCUUAUCCACAACCUGAUGCUACAUUUGUAAAAGAAGUAACAUAUCGAAGUACAAAUACCAAAGAACCUGGUGAAAUUUCAGCACCGUCUUCUAAUUUAAAUACAGCUUUUAGAUUAAUCAAAGAAGUUCAAAAAAAAUUUAAAAAUAGAGAAGCAGAAGAAAGAGAGAAGGAAGAUCUUGUAAAACAAGAUACUUUAAUACUAUCUCAAAAUAAGGGUAAUCCAAAACUAAAAGAUUUAUAUAUUCGACCAAAUAUUGUUUCAAAAAGAAUGACAGGAGGAUUAGAAGCGCAUGUGAAUGGAUUUCGCUACACUUCGGUUAGAGGCGAUAAAGUUGAUAUUCUUUACAAUAAUAUUAAGAAUGCUUUUUUCCAACCUUGUGAUGGCGAAAUGAUUAUAUUGCUUCAUUUUCAUUUAAAACACGCAAUCAUGUUUGGUAAAAAAAAACAUGUGGAUGUACAAUUUUAUACAGAAGUUGGUGAAAUUACUACAGAUUUAGGGAAACAUCAACACAUGCAUGAUCGUGACGAUCUUGCUGCAGAACAAUCAGAACGUGAACUUAGGCACAAAUUAAAAACUGCUUUUAAAAGUUUUUGUGAAAAAGUUGAAAGUAUGACAAAGCAAGAAAUUGAGUUUGAUACACCUUUUCGAGAAUUGGGAUUUCCUGGUGCACCAUUCAGGAGUACUGUUCUUUUGCAACCUACUAGUGGAUGUUUAGUAAAUCUUACAGAAUGGCCUCCGUUUGUUAUUACUUUGGAAGAUGUUGAACUUGUUCAUUUUGAAAGAGUACAAUUUCAUCUUAAGAACUUUGAUAUGAUUUUUGUUUUCAAAGAUUAUCAUAGAAAAGUUGCUAUGUUAAAUGCUAUUCCCAUGAACAUGCUGGAUCAUGUAAAGGAAUGGUUGAAUUCGUGUGAUAUCAGAUAUACAGAAGGUGUACAGUCUUUAAACUGGACAAAAAUUAUGAAAACUAUCACAGAUGAUCCAGUAGGAUUCUUUGAUAGUGGUGGUUGGAGUUUCUUAGAUCCAGAAAGUGAUGCAGAAAAUGAUGAAGUAGAAGAUGAAGAAGAAGAAGAAGAUGAUGCUUAUGAGCCAUCUGAUUUAGAUAGUGAGGAAGAAUCUGAUGAUGAUUCUGAAUAUUCUGAAGCUUCAGAAGACUCAGAUAGUGAAGAAGAGGAAUUAGGUAGUUCUGAAGAAUCUGGUAAAGACUGGUCUGAUUUGGAACGAGAAGCAGCUGAGGAAGAUAAAGAAAGAGGAGAAGAUCGGUUUCAUGACGAUUAUAAUUCAAGUAAAAAAAAGAAAGGAAGUCGAAAACAUUCACCUUCACCGUCGAAAGAUAGGCAUAAUUCGAAACACAAGAGUUCUUCAAGUUCAAAAAGUAAAAGUUCGUCCAGUAGUAAAGACAAAAAAUCAUCAUCGUCGGAUAAACAUAGAUCGGAUCGAUCACGGAGUGGAGGAUCACACAAGAAAGUGUCUCCUUCCAAAUCAUCCAAACACAGUCCCAAGAAGAGUGAUAAACACGAUAAACAUGAUAAACACAGAUCAUCUAAUCACUCUUCAUCUAGUAGUAAGAAACGAUCUCGUGAAGAAAGUGCAGAAAGAAACGAUAGGGGAUCGAAAAAAUCUAAAAAAUAAGAAAUAUUGUCUACGCAUUGAAGAAAAAAAACAUGAAAACACGAACACUAAAUAUUAAUUCUAUAUUAAAUUUUCUUAUAGUACGUUGAUUAUAUUUCAAAAAUAGUACAUUUUCUUGCAUUGAUUUAUUUAAACUGUUAGCAAACGAUCUGUUGAUAUUAUUUAAAAGUUUGAUAGUGUGCUACUAAGAUUCAAAUACUUGACAGUAUCUACUUGAUAGCGACAUAAUAUGUAUGAACUUGUACGGGUAAUUUAACAUAAAUUUAUGUAUGAACAUUUUUUAUCACUUGUACAUAAAACACUCUUUUUUAAGUAAAAAAAUAUCGAUGUUAAUUAUAUAAUAUAGCUACUAACAUAUAUCAUUUCAUUCCAUUAUUCGUUUGCUAGUAGUAUUCAAACGUAUAUAUAAUUAAUUUAUUAAGUUUAUAAAUUAAAAAUGCAUUAAAGCAUUAAAAGGCAUUCAUUGUACAGAUAGUAUAUAUAAAAACAAGAAAAAACUUUUCUUGUCUGUUAUGUCAUUGUUCUUUAUAAAAUGGACAUGAAAAUUAGUUCGUAAUUAUAAUAAACAAUAAGAAAAUUUACAAAUAUAAUUGUAAUAUGCUCUCAAUGCAAGACAAUGCACUAAUGAUAAUUACCGUACAUAAGACAUCCAGAACAUAGAUAUUAAUUUACUAAGCGAAGAAAGCUGAAAUGGAUCAAAAUCUUUGAUAAUUCUGUUCGCAUAGUUCUGAAAUUUGUACCUUAGUAAACAAAAUAAAUACUUUUUUAUGUGUACAAAAGAAA